AAUGAAAACAGAUUGUAGUCUUCUUGUCAUUGUUGUGUGACAUUAAAUGCUUGCUACGUAAACUGGGUUUUUACUUGUGAAUGAGUCAAUUCAUAACUUACUCGACGCUACUCAUCAGUAAUAGAAAAUGGCAUUCACCCGUAGAACAGAAGUCAGACACAUAUCACAAGCGGAAUUGAUUAAAAUCGCGGAAAUAUUGAAUGUACCGUCUAGCAGCCCGGCCUGGAAAAAGGUGAUGCAAAUUGUGCCUUCCGAAUUGAUAGAUCAUGAACAAUUGAACGAUUGCAAACCGAAGUACAAUAUCCAAAACAUCAGAUCAAUAGAAAAAGCUGGGGGAAGACUUAAGAAUUCUGCAUACAUAUUCCUUGAAGAAUGGAUGACUUCUGGCAAAAUUCGACCCACACUCAGUCACCUAUUACAGCUGCUUGUAAAGUCUGAACUAUGGCGAGCCGCAGAGUACGUAGCAAUCAAUUUGUUGAGCGAAGCACCACCUCAGCGACCAACGACAGGACCUGCCGCAAAAAUAGACAUUUCUUUGCCAGACGACUUGGGCGGUAUUGAUAACGAACUGUUGAACGGAAACUAUCCGAAUACAUCGGAGAUUAUGGAUUUGAAUCGGUGCCUUGAAGCUGCCAGUAAAAACAUUGCGAGCAAGCAAAUAUUUGACCGUUCGUUGAUGCCGGAUCGCCCCAUAAGCGAACAGGAUUUGAUACGUAUGGCAACCGCGCCGCAAUUGAGUCAAGAUGUUGCUUCAACGCCAGUCCAGACAACGAAUCACUUAACUCGCAGACCGGAACAUCGAGACAGUCAGAUACAAUUGUCACAUGUAAAUUCCGAAGAUUCGCAAUCCAAUACCGGUGACAUUCCGAACUUAUCAAUUUUCAAUGUUGCCGAUGGUACUGCAAGUGGGCAACCGGAAUGCGCAGCCAGAAAUGUUCCGUACUUCUCACAGAUCACGGAUCGAUCGCAGUCAACGUCCGGCAGUGCCAUGUCGAGGGUGUAUUCAAAUGAUGAAGGUGAAAAUUCUACCGGAAAUGUUCCACAUUUGUCAGAAUUAAUGGGACAGCUCAACAAUCAAACGAAUUGCUCAGCGUCAGCUAUAAAUCCUAUGGAUCGAAUUUCGUCUGUUCCAACAUUAACCAGUUUACCGAAUUUUUCGCAAUUAUUGAAUCAGUCGCAGUCGUUAGAUAAUCGGGGAAAGAAACAAAAUUCAACCGAUCACCAUGAGUCGCCAAACGGAAAUAUUCCACAUUUUUCACAAUUACUUAGUCAGUCGCAUCCAACAUCUGAUAAUUUAACGUCAGAACAGAAUUCCAACGAUACACAAGAAUGUUUUGAUGGAAAUGUUCCACAUUUGUCACAAUUACUGAGUCAGUCGCAUCCAACUUCCGAUAAUUUACCGCAGGAACAGAAUUCAACCGAUGAAGGAGAAUCUUUUGAAGCAAAUGUGCCACAUUUGUCACAAUUAGUAAAUCAGUCAAUUGAUGGAUCGGGAGCAUGAAUAUAUCUAGUUUUUAAUGACCAUCGAGAUCAAAUAACUGACAAACUUAAAAUAGAAAUAUUUCACAUUAAAAGUAAGCGUUUGAAGGAA